AUGGCUUUGCUCAUGGACCCAGUGUGGAGGAAAAUGAGGGUGGAGGCAGGCGGGCCCAUCCACGUCAGCUUCCCGUCGGGUCUCACCCUGGCUGAAGUCCAGAGGAAAAACCCUCUGGUGGUCCGAGGAGGGCGCUACAGGCCGCCGGACUGCGAGGCCAGGCACAAGACGGCCAUCAUCAUCCCCCACAGGAACCGGGAGCAUCACCUGAAGUUCCUUCUCUACUACCUGCACCCGUUCCUGCAGCAGCAGCAGCUUAGCUAUGGCAUCUACGUCAUCCACCAGGCUGGAACCUACACGUUUAACCGGGCCAAGCUGAUGAACGUCGGGUUCCGGGAGGCCAUGAGGGAGGAGGAAUGGGACUGCCUCUUCUUCCACGACGUGGACCUGAUCCCCGAGGACAACCGCAACCUGUACACCUGCGACGCCAACCCCAAGCACGCCGCCAUCGCCAUGGACAAGUUCGGCUACAAGCUUCCGUACAAGAUGUACUUUGGAGGGGUGUCUGCUCUGUCGCCACUGCACUACCUGAAGAUGAACGGCUUCCCCAACAACUACUGGGGCUGGGGGGGGGAGGACGACGAUAUCGGAGUCAGAGUGUCUCUGGCUGGAAUGUUAAUCAGUCGGCCGUCACUGAAAGUCGGCCGCUACAAAAUGAUCAAACACAAACUGGACAAAGGCAACGACGAGAACCCCAAGAGGUUCAACAUGCUGGCGAAGACGCGUCAGACGUGGAAGACGGACGGGAUGAACACUGUGGAGUACGAGAUCAUCUCCAGGGACUACCUGCCGCUCUACACCAACAUCACCGUCAACAUCGGCACAGAGUCCGGUCUGCACCCGCCUCCCCACAAGGCUGCAGAGUAACCUGCGGCCAACUCUUCGACGAAAGUCUGCGAGAAACUGUCCGGCGUGGGGAAAAACCUCAGAUCUCCUCAUGACUGAUUCUUCUUCCAAAGGAGCCGCAGACGGACGGAAUAAAGUUGGACUCUGUGAGUUUCUGUAUCCACGGCAACGUGGUCGCUGCGUAAACCCUGAGAGGCCUUAGAACCGUUUCUUUUCUUUCACUCGGACCUUAAUUUGUGUCAAAUAACGAGUUUAAAGGAGCAGCAGUUGAAGUAGGGGGCUGUUUGCACAUUUUCUCCCAUCAGAGGAUUUAUUCGCCCAAUGACGAGUUUCGCUUCAAAACGUGAGGAUUUAAGUGGCUUUGACGGUUUGUUUCCGUCUGUUUUCUGCGAAGUUAUCGAUCAGUCCUCGGCUGUUUUCAUGCUAAACGAUUUAGCUCUGGGAUCAGAAAACUGUACGAUGAAAACGAGCCGAAGCUGCAGCUGCUGGAAGAUCGGACAUCC